UUGUUUUGUCUAAAAGAUAAAUAUGAUAUAAGAUAUAUAGGAUUUGGGAUUUCUAUUAUCUUCAAGUUCAUCGUCUCAAUAUGUACAAUUCUUCUUGUUCAUGCUUCAUUCUUUUCGUUCUUUUGGUCCAAGUAACAAUCCCAACUUGUUUAUGCUCCGAUGAUUUACGUUACACAAGCUGUGACAAUGAAUUCGCGUGUGGGAGCCUUACACUCAUCAAAUACCCGUUUUGGGGCGUGAACCGUUCAGAUUACUGCGGGAAGCAAGCUUACAAGCUAGAUUGUGUCAACAAUAUCCCCGUGAUUGAAAUCAACUCACUAAACUAUAGAGUCAAUGAAUUCAAUUACUACUCACAUACCAUCACGGUCGCAAGAAUGGAUUAUUGGGGUGAAAUAUGUCCAUCAAGACUAGUAAACACAACUAUUGAUUUCGAGGUUUUUAACUACACAUCUGCCACUCGAAACUUGACUCUAGGUUACGGAUGCCCUCUUAACCCACAUCCACCUGAAGUCACGGUUUUGGAGUACUCGUGUACCAUAAACAAUACAAAGACCAACUUGAUCUAUGAUCCGAGUAUGUCAUGUAACCGAUCCAUUGUUGUUCCUGCUUUUAGAAACGUUGCAAGCGAUCUUGACCAGAACCGGACAAACCUUGUUGAUGCCCUAAGAAAAGGGUUUGCCUUGAAGUGGUACGUCACGAACGAAGAGAGUGAGCAAUGUAAAAGCUGCAUUAUAUCAGGCGGCUCGUGUGGAGUUAAUCCUAAUAACGAUAGUUUCGUUUGCUAUUGCUACAAUGGCCCAUCGCUAGGUGUUGUUUGUGAUAAACGACGAGGAGUCAAUUGUGGACCCUUGGUGCUAUUUAUAUUCAUUGUAUUCGGUGGAGAUACAGAUCAUCAAAUAACAAAAAGCAUUCUCUAUUCCAUAUUCUUUCAUGGUUAUCAGAGCCAAACUUCCCAAACCCUAAUUUUUUUUUUUGUUCUGUCGGCAUUCAACAUGCCUGGAACAGACACUUCCUCAGUCACAAACAACCAACCUUCAACAGACAAACAAACCUUACACCCAGCCUAUACCGUCACCAACAUCAACAACAAAAUACGCACUCUUGAUGGCAAGAAAGUCACCUAUUCCUCAUGGGUGAAACUCUUCAAACUUCACGCACGUGCCUACAAAGUUCUCGAUCACAUUGAUGGCACUGCCUCACCCGCAGAAACUGACCCAGCAUUUUCCGUAUGGUCCGAGAUUGAUGCACUCAUUUUGCAGUGGAUCUACAGCACAGUAUCCAACGAACUACUUGCACGAGUCCUUGAUACUGAUAGCACGGCUAGAGCCACCUGGUUAAAAAUCCAAGAAAUUUUCGUCAACAACAAACAUGCCAGAGCCAUCACCCUUGAAACCAAGUUCACCAACACCACACUUAGUUCUUGCUCUUCCUUUGAUGACUAUUGUCAAACACUAAAGGACCUGGCCGAACAGUUAGCUGAUGUUGAUCAGCCGGUAAAUGAAAGUCGUCUCGUCAUUCAAAUGGUCCGCGGACUCCCAGUCGAAUAUGACACAAUUGCAUCCAUAAUAAACGAAAAAAAACCCACAUGGAUAACUGCUAGAGGCAUGAUUGAAGACGAACUAGACAGACACAAGGCAAGAUCAAACAACCAUCGGGACACGGUUCUGGUGCAUGCUAAUGUUCCUGCCCAAUCUGACCAGGUGCAGUCACCCUAUCCUAACGGAUAUCGAGGUCGGAACUAUGACCCAGCAAAGGCUGCCAGGGGACGUGGCCAAUCAUCCCGUGGGGGGCGACAAGGGGGAACGGCUAGGCCUCCUACUCCUACCUCCAGUCAGGUACCAACCUCCUGGAGAACCCAAACACCACAAUUUCCUACGAGCUUCUCCCAACAACAGUCAGCCCAAUACCAGCAGCCCAACUACAGCCCACAACCCAACUAUAACCAAACCCCUCAAUCCUUUAAUCAACCCUCCUGGACUCCACCGCCUACACCAUAUCCGUCUCACCCAUCCACCUAUCCACAUCAGGUCUCGGCCCAACACCCUCCACCACAGCAGGCCCACUUAGCCCAGCAGCCUAACUUGCAACCUCCUCCCGGCUUCGACCAGCAACCGGGGAACGCUCUUUGCCCCAGCGACAUUGGAAUGGCACUCUCCCACAUGAGCUUAAACUAUUAUGAUCCUCAGUGGAACAUGGAUACCGGGGCCUCAUCUCACAUUACAUCUGAUCCAGGACCUCAAGGAUGGACAGCUCCUUUCCUGCCACAAUAGCACCGGAGACCUAUACCCAUUCACCAAGCCAGAAUUCGCCUUACAUUCUUCCACUACUCACUCACCAUGGCAUGAUCGCCUCGGACAUCCCGGAGCGAAAGUGUUAAAUCAUCUUCAACGAACCUUUAGUAUUUCUUGCAAUAAAACUGUUAGCUCAUCUAUUUGUUCAUCUUGUCAAAUUUCAAACAGUAAACGUUUACCAUUUAUGGAUUCUGUUUCUAGUACGUUUAAACCUUUUGAUAUUAUUCAUUGCGACUUAUGGACA